AAGGUAGGUACAGCAACCCAGUGAAUCACAAUUGUUGAUUUUCACUUUUGAAAUUUUGAUCUGAGCAAAAUGUUUGGCCUCUCUUAAGUGGAAAAUUGAUUCUGGUUUGCAGCAGCUAUGUGCAUGAGUCUUAAGAGAAUGAAUUCACUUCACAUGGAUAAAGAUGCAAAAGUAUUUUGUCCCUGAAAUAAAAUGUUUAAUUCUUUAAAUUUGAUAAAUGUGGCAGAGAAGAAAAGAGAUGGUGUUUCCAAACAGAGCUAAACCACAUGUAAAAAACAAGGAGAAUGUGCCAGGCUGUCUUAUGAUCAAGUAUUUAUAGAAAAGCUAUUAAUGGAAUCGUCAUUACAGGGGAGUGGAGAUCCUAAAUAUAAAUGAAAAUUCCAACGUGCUAAUCUUCAACAACAAAAACUUCAGUGCUGUCCUAAAGGUGAUAACAAAAGGUAAAAAGUCUUUGUAGAUGUUUCACAUGGACAAUUACACCAGUGAUGAAGACAUAGAUGAUGACUUUGAUACUCAGUUCAUCAUUCAUCAGAGUUUACAGGAUGUUCACAAGCCAGGAACUACACAGCAUGCACCUGAGGAUGAGAGCUUCCAUUCCUUUUUGAGCACUGACUAUAAGAAGAUAGUUGAAACAAUAGAGACAGUAGGUGAGGAAGAUGCAUUGUCACACUUGACCAAGUACCAUUCUGCUUUUGAUGAAGCAGAUGAGAUAGGCUGGCUUCCUCUGCAUAAGGCUGCAGUGCAGCUAAAUAAGAACAUUUUGGAAAUAACCCUGAAAGCUUCAAAACCCAGUGUGUGGGAGCAAACCACCCACAAUGGUGAAACACCACUUUUUUUGGCUGUCAGCAAUUACCUCUUAGAAAAUGCCAGUUUUCUUCUUUUCAAUGGCUGCAAUCCAAAUGCCAAGAAUCUUGAAGGCAAUUCUCCUCUUAUUACAGCUGUUCUACAAGACUCCUACGACAUGGCCGCUUUGCUGAUCAGCCAUGGGGCAGAUGUCAAUCUGCGGUGUGCCAAUGAGAGGACAGCUCUCCAUGAAGCAGCCAAACUGGGCAGACAGAACAUGGUGAAGCUAAUGCUGUCUGGGGCACACCCUGACCCACAGAGCUCCUACGGAUUCACUCCUCUUGCUCUUGCUGCCCAAAGUGGGCACACUGAAAUUAUGGAAAUGUUACUUCAGAAAGGCAAGACUUUCCUUCGGGCCUCUGAUUCUUCUUCCAUCUUACUUGAAGCUGCUAGUGGAGGAAACCCAGACUCUGUGAUUCUCUUGCCGUAUGGAGCUGAUGCCAAUGUCCCUAAGAAUUCAGGCCACCUCCCCAUUCAUGUGGCAGCUGACAGAGGCCACUUAUUGGCUCUGAAGAUUUUGGUUCCAGUUACAGAUUUUGCUGCCAUUAAGCGGAGUGGAAUCAGUCCAGUUCACUGUGCCGCAGCAGGAGCACACCCUGAGUGCCUGGAACUUCUCAUCCAGGCUGGAUUUGAUGUAAAUUUCAUGCUAGAUCAGAGAAUUCGCAAACACUAUGAUGACCAUAGGAAGUCAGCUCUGUAUUUUGCAGUAUCAAAUGGUGAUCUCUCUUCAGAGCUGCUUCUGAGUGCUGGAGCCCUGCCUAACCAAGACCCAGUUAACUGCCUCCAGAUAGCUCUAAGGAUGGGCAACUAUGAGCUGAUAAGUCUGCUGUUACGGCAUGGGGCCAACGUAAAUUACUUCUGCAGGGUCAACCCAUUACAUUUCCCAUCAGCACUGCAAUACACACUGAAAGAUGAAGUCAUGCUCAGGAUGCUGUUGAAUUAUGGGUAUGACACAGAACGAUGCUUUGAUUGUCCUCAUGGAGACAGAGUUCAUCAUUGCUAUACUUUUGAGGGCUGGACAUCUACAGUUAUCAAAGAUACUAUGUUCUGUGAAGUAAUAACUUUGUCGUGGCUGCAACAUCUCUCUGGAAAGGUCGUUCGAGUGAUGCUUGAUUAUGUUGAUCAAGUUCGGAUCUGUUCAAAGUUGAAAGCUGUGCUCCAAAAACAGGGGCUCUGGUCAGAAAUCCAUAAUAUCUUGAGUAACCCUCGCUCCCUAAAACACUUGUGCCGCCUAAAGAUCCGGAAGUGUAUGGGACGUUUGCAUUUGCGUUGCCCCGUCUUCAUGUCAUUUCUUCCAUUACCCAAUCGUCUCAAAGCAUAUGUCCUUUACCAAGAAUAUGACCUUUAUGGACAAGGAAAUUUUACAGGAACGUGGUAACCAAACUAUUCUGGUUGAAAAGGUAUAGUUAAUAUUUCUUAAAAUUGGACUUGUUACAGGUGACUCCUACUUCUCACUUUUCCUAGCAACUUAAAUCUCAAUUUAAUCUACAUUCUUUAAAGAAUUGCUCUGAACUAGCCUUUCAAUAAAUAGAUGGCUAGCAUCUGAAAGGCAGUUUAAAAGACCAACAGUAAAAAUUCAAUUAACUGAAAUACUAGUGUAUGAAUCCACAUUUCUACAUGCUCAACAGAUGCCACCUCUGAUAAUGCAAGAUAAUUCUGAACAGUGACCCCUUUUAUAGAGAAGUAUAUAUGUAAAAUGUGUUAGUGAUUGCAUUGAAUAAAUAUGAACUCCAGCACGACUUGAAGUUAGCUGUUCUUAUGCAAAAGUCCUGAGACCAGCUUAGCAUCUGUUUACUUGAGUCUAGUAUUGAGGUGGGGUAAAUAUAAUUGUAAUAGAACCUUCAAUUGCAAUUUCAUCAUUAAUGAGAAAUAUGCAUCCCUUCUUUCCACAAACCAUGGUUAGGUUUAUCAUUUAUUGGUUAAUGUGAUCACCAGAAUAGAAAUUACAAGUGUUUUCAAAUAGAUGAUGGCUUAUAAUUUCUAUAUUGUACUGGACGUAUAGGAGGGACUCACUGAUAGAAGCAGUUACGGAAUCUUAAAGUUUUAUUUCUAUAUAGUCUAUGCUGUAUGUAAGUACAGUUUUCUAUUUGUGGAAAGGGAGGAAAGAAACUGAGAAGACAUUCACUCAGUCAUAGCUGUGUAGCAUUUAGAUGGCAUAUCAAGACAGGAAGCACAGAAAGGUAGGAUGAUGUGGUCUACUUUCACCACGGGCCCAGUGUGGUACAGCCUGAUGUUUACACAUUUAGUCUUAGCAUAUUUUUUUAGCAUAAUGUAGUCAUCUUCGGUAAACUGAAGUUACAUUUCUUUCUGAUGGAGGAAUUUCUGGCUAUAUAGACUGUCUGAGUAAGCACAGACUUAGAAUUAUUUUUAAUAGAGUUUUCACAUAAAAAUUGCAAAACUGGCUGGCAUAAAUAGUUUUUAUUUUUUAAAUCAAAUCAUAGUAUCUGUUUGUAAGUGACUGGUGAAUUAUAUGUAUGUCAACAUACAAAUAUAUUACAAAUAUAUUUAAGAGAUACAUGCACUUAUAUCAGAUAAAUUACAUAAUUCUAAAGUUAAUUUCAUCCACCCCCUGGGCCUUCUGCAAGUGUAUAUACAUUUUAUAAAAUUCAUAACAAGAAAGAACAGAAACUCUCAGUAGUAGAAAAGAUCUUGGUAAGUGCUACAGGAAACUAUGAAGAGCACAUGGGAUGAAUAUGCAUUAAUAUUAAAACUACAGGCCCAAGACACUGAAGCUGGUGUACACAAUAACCUGCCCCUUUAAACUACAGGCAUUUCUUUGAGCAGAACCAAACAUAGCAAGUAUACAUUGUCACACUGCCCAUAACAUAUCUAGGGUAAUGACUAAAAAGUCUCCUCUUUUAUUUAAAAAAAAAAUCACUAGUUAUGAAUUAGUUUUACUUUCAAUAAGUGACAAUUUUUUUUUUAUUUUAGCUGUUAUGGACUUGCAAUGGGCUAGAUGUGUACUUAUAGUGUCACAACAAAUUAAGAAAAAGUCCAAUUGUUUAAAAGCAUCAUUUGAAAUUAGAGAAAUAAAAUUCAUAAACGUAUGUCAAAUAUUUCAUACAAAAAUGACAGUACAAAAAUCAUAGACUUUAUUAUACAUUAAAAAUCUCAUAACAGCGUAUUUCCUGAAGACUUGUCAGGGAAUAUUUAUUUUGACAAAAUGAAAAAAUAAGUUCUCCACCCCACAUGUAUACCACCAUUACAUAAAGCUGAGUUCUUCAAAAUCCAAUUCCAAGGUAAAUGUAGCAUGAAUUUAAUUAUAUGCUGCAUGAUUAAUAGUAUCAGUAAAAUAAGAAUCAAUUCACUUACAUUACAAAAUCACCAAGUAUACACGGUUUUACACGUUAAUUAUAACUUCAUCUCAUGUUAAUGAGAUUAGUAUCUUAGUUCUUAUAUUAACUGAAGUAAAUUACAUAUGAGUGCAGCUGUAAGAGAUUGGUUAAAAAGUAUAAUAUAGUUCCAGUUUCAAUUUUUAUGUAUUAUUUAUUAAUACAGAAGAACAAAAUUUCAUGAAAGAGUAAACCAAACUUGCCAGAAAUAAAAUGAAAGUCUUGCUUGCUAUAAUCAGUGUGUUUGAAUAUUUAAAGUACAGUUUGAAGGCUAGGAGGUUGUUGUCAAAACCAAUGUUAAUAUUUUCAUUUUAUAAUUUAGGUGGCAAAAGAUUUUAUAACACAUGUGCUCUUAGUGCCUGUCAGCAUUUAUAAUAAGAUUUAAAUCUUAAAUACUUUCUUUAUAUAAGUAAAAAUUAAUUCCAAUGCCUGUACCACACAAAAUUAUAUGUUACACAGAAUGUUAUGCACACCUUACUGUCCUUUUCCCAAGCAUAAAGGUAAAAUAAAUCUACCACCCCUAGACUGUAGAGCCUGAUAACUCUUUUGAAAUUAAACACCAAGUAAUCAU